AUGGUCAAGAUUGGGUUCGGUGCAUUUUCCACAGUCUGGUUGGCUAGGGACCUAGAUGAGAAUCGAUGGGUUGCCGUCAAAAUCUGCUGUGGAAUUGAGGUCCCUCAGAGAAGCAGCGAGGCUUCUAUUCUGUCCGAAAUUCGCGAAAGUAGUCAAGGAAAGGCUGGCGUUGAGCAAGUCCUUCGACUUUUUGACGACUUUAUAAUCAAAGGACCAAACGGUUUCCACCAGUGUCUAAUCACUGAAGUCGUUGCGCCUUUAACUUAUAGCGCUGUCCGUGAACGGUGCUCCAUAGAUGCCCUUCGUCAGAUUAUGGAGGGAUUUGCCUUUCUACAUGAGCAAGGUAUAUCACACGGCGAUCCACACAUAAGCAAUCUUGGAGUUGCUCUUCCGCAGCUGGAGGAGCUUGAUGAACAAGACAUGGCAGACCUUUUCCCGACUGAAAUGCCUUUUCCCGUCAUGUCACAUCUUGAGAGAAAGCCGCUCGCGAACCUGCCGGCGUUCAUGGUGGCUCUUGAGUCUCUGGCGGGCAUGCUAGAAAAGAAGAAGCUGUUUCCGGGGGGAAAGAAGUUGCAGAUCAAGAUUCUGGGUUUUGGAAGAGCUCAUAAAACCAGCGAAGAAGCUGUGAUGCUUAAAGGUUCCAUGCCGGCUAUGAUGCCUCCACCAGAACUUUUGAUGCACGACUUAUCGAAUGGCGAUUUGCGAUCCCCAGGGAGUCAGGCCGCCGACGUAUGGGUCAUCGCGUGUACAAUUUUUCACGUCAUAUCGGGUCAGCCCUUCUCAGGAACCUGGUCACGCAAGGACGCAUGCCUCACCGAGUGCCUGCAGUUUGGCGGUCCCCCCGUGGAGUCGUGGCUGGACUUUGCAAGAUCAAAACUCAGUCUCGAACCAGAUGCACGACGUAUUGAAACACUGAUGCUGUUGGCGCUCGUCCGCUACCGCACGAACCGUGAGAGGAUCUGGGUGUGGUUUGCCAUGCACUGUCACUGGGACUACAAGGACGACAAGAUCCAGGUCUUUUUCGAUUUACUGAAGAAGAUGAUGGUCACCGAUCCGGAAAAGAGAAUCUCCAUACAGGAGGCGAUGGCGCAUCCAUUUCUCUUAUACGAAGAGUUGCGUCUUCGUCGGGUAGAUGAGACUACCCGCCGCAACAAGCCAGCAGUACCAGCGGAGAAUCCGAUAAUUGACUGGGGAAAAUCACCGGCGACUGAAGUAUGGGAAGAUGAGGAACAAUACGUCCUCUCUGGCAUGGAAAUAGGCUGGGACGAUGACAAGAAGUAG